AUGGAAAAUUACCAUUGUCCUAUGCAAAACAUUUUUGUUCAUAACCCUUUCUCAUAUAUCAUACCACCUUUUCAAGGAAAUGGAAGUCCGUUCUUCAGUGUUCCUGUGCCCUUAUCAUCUCAACCAAAACGGGGGCCACUUCUUCAAGAUCCAUCUCCGUCCCUCAGCCCACCAGCAGGCAAUGACAUCAUGCAAACGUCAUUAUGUGAAGUGAAUUUGGAUGAUGUCCCAAUGGAACUUGUUACCUCCGAGGAAGAGUCUGGAUCAGAAUAUGCUGAUGCUUUCCUCUCAGCAUACACAGAGGCAAAUGAUUCAGUUGUCCAGAACUGCUCAACAGAAUUAGAUGAAAUUGAACUCAGAAGUCGUGCCCUAAGGAGUAUGCUGCUUCAGAAAAAAACAGCUUCAGUGGGUAGAACUCAACCAAAGACUGAGCUCCCACUGCUUCAUAACUUACCUAAUGUUAUGAGUGUUUUUUCGAAAGUCACGGCAUCAUGUGAUUCAUCAACUUUGAAAAAUAAGCGAAAAUUUAUAAUUACGGUACAUGAUUCAUCAGAUAGUGAUGACUCCCUUAAUCAACCGGUUGGUGCUGUUUUCAAGGGUUCAGCAAUGAAUAAAUGCGCUUCUAAACCUACCAUCACGAAUAUUCCUGACCAAUCUAAGAAAAUUAGUCGUUUUCAUCAAGAGGAAAAAAUGUUGUUACAGAGAAAAAUGGAACUUCUCAGACUAAAACUAACUGUUAAACGCCAACAACAUUUAAUAGAUGAACGACGUAAAAUCGUUCGGAAGUUAUCAACUACGUUGUCAGAACUUCGUAGGCGCAGCAAGCAUACAGCUUUGUUGUACAAAGAAGCUAAUAAAUCCCUUCUCAAGGCCCAACGAACAAAUGCUACAUAUCAGAGAAAACUGGCCUCAGCCCAAAAAUUAUAUUCAGAUGUGCUAAAUUCUGUAAACCGCUCGACUGCAGACAUAAUACAAACAGGCUUUGCUUUGUCAUCUGUGAAUCUACGCAGAGAUCUUAUUAUUUUGUCGCUAGACGUUCUGCAAAGAGCGAAAGUGGUUACGUGGUUUCUUGCCAACUAUCAGUUUGACUCAACUGCAUCAAAAUUUACUAUAAGAAAUAUGAAGCCGGUCUCAGCAGUAAAACCAAAUACUGAAACCUUACAUAAAUUUGACCCGUUUCGCCCAAUCUGCCCAUUUUUUCUUGAUGGUGAAUGUUUGGACAGAACAUGUAUAUAUCAGCAUCCAAAAAAUCCAACUGUUGAAAAAACAAAACCGAAAGACCCCUCAGCUAUAUCCCUGUUUAACACGGAUUUUGUGUCACUGCUUGGUCAGCAAAAUAAAGGAAAAUAUGACGACGUAUAUUGUGAAGUGUGUAAAGAAAAUUUAGCCAUAUCUCCAUCAGAUUCCUCUCAGUUAUCAACAAUACAACGUUGGCAUGCAGCUUAUCUCACAUAUCUACGUUCAGAAUCAAAAAACUCAUACCUCCUUCAUAAAUUCUUGAAUGACAUCAAAGAAUUCCCAUACCCUGCAGAUUUAUGUGCCCACCUGGUAUUUGGGUUUUUGCUAUGUUCUAAUCUUGAUCCAACAGAAGUUAAGCAGAAGCUUUUUGAUUGCCUAAAAUCCUUUGAUUUUCCUUUACAUGCCUGUAGAUUGGCAUUGCGACAUUCUAAUUUAAGUAUACCAAUCCGCAGAUCACUAAUUCAAUUAUCUCUGGAAUAUAUGACUCUUCAAUUCCAACAGGAUGCAAAGGCAAGCAAAGAAUCAAAUUUUGAGUCAUCUUUUGCAUACUUCGUCUAUCAAUGGUGUAUACUUGAACAAGAGGUUGGUUUACAUAACAAAGUAACAACUAUCUUAACGAAUACUCUCAAAUCAUUGCCUAAGGAGAACAAACUAAUUUAUUUUUUGUGGUGGUUACGCUUAUAUCACCAACUAAAUGGUAUUUUACCACAAGAAAAUUUAUUUUCUACUGCCGAUUCACCAUGUUUCUCCAAGCCAGCCCUCCUGUCUAACCAAGAAAUUAUUGAAAUAGCAGUCGCCGAAACUGGUAUUUCGAAAAACUUAUCCCAGUUACUGGAAUCAUUCGAAAAUAUUAAGGAUGAUAUUAGCUUCAAUUGCUUUUUGUAUAUCACUCAUUUAUACAUUCAAACUCUUAAUGCCGAUUCCAAGUUUAAAAUUGCAGCAGAUAUAGCACUGACUGUAGCAUUACAUUCUCCUAACUUUGUGGAUGAUUUGUUUUUCCCAUCUGCAGUGUAUUCUCUGUUUUCCUUAGAUUCAUCUCUUGACUGGUCAACCUUGAUUGGUAAUGUAUCUGACAAAUUACGAGUUAACCUUAAUUUAGCUCAUCGGAUUGAAUUUGGAUUUCUGAUAACAUGUUUAAAUUGGCAUAAAAAAACAUUGAAUUCUAUGGAAUACCAUCUUAUUGAGUGUUUGGGCAACUUAAUCUUUCUUCCGAAAGAUGAUUGCGAAAGUGUUAUUUCAGCGUAUAAAAAUUUGUUGAAUAUAAAGUCCGGUAAUACCAGUCUCGUUAACUUUAAAAUGUGUCCACGAAGUUUCACUUAUUUAUGGCUCAGUUAUUGUCUAUACAUCAUUAUUCAUUGUUUAGAUUAUCGUGAAGUUUUAGAUCACUUAAUUAGUCACUAUAAGUCAUGCAUCGUGAGUUGUGAAAAUGAAGAUCCAAAUCAUGCGUUUAUUCGUCUUUUAGCCCUAAUGAGUAUGUUCUUAGCAAGCCAUGUGAAUCAGUUGGAUAGUUCAACUUAUCCUAAUAUCAUUCAAUCACUGUUCAUUGAUAUGCCUUUCAAGUUUGAUCGCAAGCUACUUCCAGCGUACUUUCUUGAAUUAGUUCAGCACAUUAAAUUAGGACUUCUCCCUCCUGGAAUCCGUCACGACAUAUGUGUACAACUUGUUGAAAUAUAUGGUGCUUCUUUAGUUCCCUCCCUGUGUCGAACUUUAUGUGCUCUAGGUGAUCACUUUUUAGCUCAAAGCCUGUGUGCAAUCGGAUGUUUAGAUAGACCCGAUAAUGAAGACUUCUGGCUUUUGUAUGCUUCUACAACAUUCAAAAGUGUCUCACGUGUGCAGUCAUCUGAACAGUUAUCAACUCUUCUAGAGAUUCUAAUGAAUGCAACUUCUGUGGUAACCUCAAGUUCUCGGCUUUGGAAGUAUUAUGCACUUGCCGUUCGCAUUGCCAAGGCAUUCCAUCAUCAUUAUAAAACUUCCAAUCAAGUUAAUUUAGGAGUUUCAUACACAAAUUUUAUUACUGGAAACAUUUUGGUUUGGUAA